UCACAGUGUCGAAUUCCCUAUGUGGAUCCUUUCGACGGGGGUGUGUCAGAAUUCUUUAACCCAAACGAUUUUAAAUACACCAAUUGUACAAACGACGAAUCAUUCAUAACAAUCAACUAUCAGGUUCAUGGACGACAAUACCUUCUACACAUGAAUAUGGAGGCAAUAGAAAGAGCCGUUAAGCCGUUAAAUGCCAGCGCUAGGGAUGUGCGCUGUUGCUAUCAACAAAUAGUCAGAGCGGAAAUCGGUGGAAAGACUGACAGCAAUUAUAAGCUUUUAAAUUGCGUCAUAUUCCAUCAGAACUUUAUCGUGCCUCAACACAUCGAUUACAUAAUUACAGAGUGUUACAUUGAUAAGGAAUCAAAGAGAACUAUACAAAAGGACGCCUUUUCUUUUAUACAGACACCCACAGUGGUUCAGCUGAAAAAUAUUACCGGAUCUGCAAGUAAAAACCAAUCGGCGGUACUAGAUGCAAUUAAGCCAAGCGUUUUAUUGUUUGGCAUUGACGCUUUGUCGCGCAUAAACCUGCGACGUACUAUGCCACUGACAUUUAAGUACCUGCAAAGUAACCAAUGGUUUGAGUUGCGGGGUUAUAAUAAGGUCGGUGAUAACACAUUCCCUAAUUUAAUGCCGCUGCUCACAUCAUACAAUUCAACCACGGCGGAGAAAAAAUGCUUGCCCCAGACUUUAGGUGGACUUAACAAGCCAGUUUGUAACUUUAUUUGGAACGAUUUUAAGCGAUUUGGUUAUAAAACCGCCUAUGCAGAGGACACAAGUUUUAUGAGUACUUUCAAUUAUUUAAAGGAGGGAUUUGAUCAGCCACCGACCGAUUAUUAUCUCCGCCCCAUGACAUUAGCCAUUGAAAAGGAGCUAAAAGUGGCCACAAAAGAUGAACUUCCAUAUUGUGUUGGCCGCAAACACUAUGGCGAAUACAUCUAUGAUUAUGCUUUACAAUUUGCAAACUCCUUUGCAGCGGAACCACUCUUCGGAUUGUUCUGGUCGAAUUCAUUUAGUCACAACUAUUUCGAUACCGAAGCAACAAUGGAUGUGAAGGUAUUAGAAUAUUUGGAAAAAAUGAAAAGUGAGAGUAUUCUAGAACGUUCGAUUGUAAUAUUACUUUCGGAUCAUGGUAUGCGUUGGGGUCCAUUAUUGCAGUUAAAAUCAGGAUUCUUGGAGGAACGAUUACCCACAAUGUUUAUAUCGAUACCGUCGUGGUAUCAAAACAAAUAUCCGGAUUUUAUGAAAAACCUACAAAUAAAUCAGCGGCGUUUAACGACAACCUAUGACAUUUAUGCGACCAUGAAACAUAUACUCGAGGUGGCUGAACCGGAAAAAGAAUUUCCUUACCUCAAUGGCACCAUACAUGGUGUAAGCAUUUUUCGUGAAAUACCAGAGGAUCGCACCUGUGAUAAUGCCGGCAUUCCCGAGCAUUGGUGCGCUUGUGUACCAUAUGAAAUUGUGCCCACCAGUGAUGAAGUCGCGAAGAAUGUAACGGCACUAGUGUUAGGCGAAAUGAAUCAAUAUCUCAAUAAUAAAAAUAUUAGCGACAAAUGUGCCGAAUUAAAAUUAGAAACGAUCAAUAGUAUUGAAAUGAAAAUGAUCAAAAUACCGAAUGAGUCCACAUACCGUAUAAGUUUCGAAGCGAAUCCGGAAAAAGCGAGAUUUCAGGCUACGAUCGUUUAUAAUAUAACAACAAAUACAAUCAAAACAGACGUGGAAGAUAUCUCGCGUCUGGAUUCGUAUGCAAAAACUUCCAACUGCAUUGAUUUGAAAGAGGAAAAGAAAUAUUGCCUUUGUAAAAAAUAAUGCUACGAAUACGAUUUGAGGAAAGCUUCGAAUAGAUUCAACCUCCCAAGGGGUAAAAGUGGAUGCGAAAUUUAUAAUUGUAAAUAGUAAUUU